ACCGAACACCGCAUUCGACUCACGCAGACUGCGGCGGACGAAUGCAAUUGGUGGCGAGGUGAACGCAGGCAAAGCAGGCUAGGGCUGUGAUACAGGACAACCGCACGUUUAAGAUAUCCAUCGAGAUUCAUCGUUUAUACAGAGAGCGGGGUGUUUGUUUACGGCGUUUGUGAUAUGAAUAUUCCGUUGGAGGUUUCUCGGGAGAGCGAGCGAAGAACGACCGGCGAAGUCAUACCAGAGCUGAAUUAUUAGCUUAGCGGCUAACUGUUCGUUAGCACCGUGAUAGCCGCAAAUUCGGUCCCUCUAAGCAGGCACCUGCUCGGUUUUUUUUUUUGUGUAUUAUUUUUUUUUUAAAAUAUAUUUUUAUUUUUGGUCAUUUACAUUCAGCUCCACGUUGGAAAGCCAUUUCGGAUUUUAUUUAUUUUAACUUAAAACGCAGUAUUGAAGAAGGACCGUGUCCGGUCGUGGUCGGGACCAGUACAGGCAAACGGGUGUCCUCGAGUGGCCGUUCAUCAUGGACAACGCGCACACGAAGACGGUUGAAGAAGUUUACAGCUUUUUUAACGUGAACGAGAGCACCGGCUUGAGUUCGGAGCAAAUCAAGAAACAACGGGAACGAUACGGAGCCAACGAGUUGCCAGCAGAGGAGGGCAAGUCCCUUUGGGCGCUGGUGGUUGAACAGUUUGAAGAUCUGCUUGUGAGGAUCCUGUUACUGGCUGCCUGCAUAUCCUUUGUGCUGGCCUGGUUUGAAGAGGGAGAAGAAACAGUAACAGCUUUUGUGGAGCCUUUUGUGAUUCUACUUAUUCUCAUAGCCAAUGCCGUUGUAGGAGUCUGGCAGGAGCGAAAUGCAGAAAAUGCAAUUGAAGCCCUUAAAGAAUAUGAGCCAGAGAUGGGAAAGGUGUACCGCCAGGAUAGGAAGAGUGUCCAGAGGAUCAAGGCCAGGGACAUUGUGCCUGGGGACAUUGUGGAGGUUGCAGUUGGUGAUAAAGUGCCUGCAGACAUCAGGCUGACCUCCAUCAAGUCAACUACGUUGAGAGUCGACCAGUCAAUUCUAACAGGAGAGUCUGUGUCUGUUAUCAAACACACUGACCCAGUGCCAGACCCCCGUGCAGUCAACCAGGACAAGAAGAACAUGCUCUUUUCUGGCACCAACAUUGCAGCUGGUAAGGCUGUCGGUGUGGUGGUGGCCACAGGUGGAAACACUGAGAUCGGUAAAAUCCGUGACGAGAUGGCUGCCACGGAGCAAGAGCGAACACCACUGCAGCAAAAGUUGGAUGAAUUUGGACAGCAGCUAUCUAAAGUUAUUUCCCUGAUCUGCAUCGCUGUGUGGAUCAUCAACAUUGGACAUUUCAAUGAUCCCGUCCAUGGAGGCUCUUGGAUCCGUGGGGCUGUCUACUACUUCAAGAUUGCUGUGGCUCUAGCAGUGGCGGCGAUCCCUGAAGGUUUGCCUGCCGUCAUCACCACUUGUCUGGCUUUAGGAACCCGACGCAUGGCCAAGAAGAACGCCAUUGUCCGUAGUUUACCCUCUGUGGAGACCCUUGGCUGUACAUCUGUCAUCUGCUCUGACAAGACUGGCACGCUGACAACCAAUCAGAUGUCUGUAUGCAGGAUGUUUAUCAUUGACCAGGCUGAUAGUAGUCAUUGUUCCUUGAAAGAAUUCACAGUUACUGGCUCUACAUAUGCCCCAGAUGGUGAAGUGUUCCAGGAUGGCAAACAAGUGAAAUGUUCCAAAUACGAUGCUCUGGUGGAGCUGGCCUUUAUCUGUGCUCUCUGUAAUGAUUCCUCAUUAGACUAUAAUGAGACCAAAGGUGUGUAUGAGAAGGUGGGUGAGGCCACUGAGACUGCUCUCACAUGCCUGGUGGAGAAGAUGAAUGUAUUUGACACGGAUGUGAAAGGCCUUUCCAAGAUUGAGAGAGCAAAUGCCUGCACAUCUGUAAUCAAGCAGCUGAUGAAGAAAGAGUUCACAUUAGAAUUCUCCAGAGACAGGAAGUCCAUGUCUGUGUACUGCACCCCCAACAAAGCCCGUUCGUCUGCAGGCAAGAUGUUUGUCAAGGGUGCCCCUGAGGGAGUGAUUGACAGGUGCACGCACGUCCGUGUAGGCGGCACCAAGGUGCCUAUGACCCCCGGUAUCAAGGACAAACUGAUGUCUGUGAUCAGAGAAUACGGAACUGGCCGGGACACCCUGCGCUGUCUCGCUCUGGCCACCCGAGACAACCCCUUGAACAAGGAGGACCUGGUGUUAGAGGACUGCACUCGCUUUAUUGACUAUGAAACUGACCUAACCUUUGUGGGCUGUGUGGGGAUGCUGGAUCCUCCCCGGGCAGAGGUGGCAGCCUCCAUUAGACUUUGUCGUCUCGCAGGCAUCCGAGUAAUUAUGAUCACUGGAGACAACAAGGGUACAGCAGUUGCAAUUUGCAGACGCAUCGGUAUUUUUGGCGAGGAAGACGACGUUGCCAGCAUGGCGUUCACGGGCCGAGAGUUUGACGAUCUCACCCCUUCUGCACAACGUGAAGCAGUGGUCAAGGCUCGCUGCUUUGCUCGCGUGGAGCCGUCCCACAAGUCCAAGAUUGUCGAGUAUCUGCAGUCCUAUGACGAAAUUACAGCUAUGACUGGUGAUGGCGUGAAUGACGCCCCCGCUCUUAAGAAGGCAGAGAUUGGUAUCGCCAUGGGCUCUGGAACAGCGGUUGCAAAGACGGCCUCAGAGAUGGUUCUGGCCGACGACAACUUUUCCACCAUCGUGGCUGCAGUCGAAGAAGGCCGUGCCAUUUACAACAACAUGAAGCAGUUCAUCAGAUAUCUCAUCUCCUCUAAUGUGGGCGAAGUUGUCUGCAUCUUUUUGACGGCGGCCCUCGGCUUCCCCGAAGCUCUCAUACCAGUUCAGUUGCUCUGGGUUAACCUGGUGACUGAUGGUCUGCCCGCCACCGCUUUGGGCUUCAACCCACCAGACUUGGACAUCAUGAAUAAGCCUCCCCGCAACGCUCGCGAGCCCCUCAUCUCUGGGUGGCUCUUCUUCCGAUACCUAGCCAUUGGAUGUUAUGUGGGCGCUGCCACAGUGGGUGCCGCGGCCUGGUGGUUUGUCGCUGCAGAAGAUGGACCGAGGAUCACAUUUUACCAGCUGAGCCACUUCCUGCAGUGUGGUCCAGAAAACCCAGACUUCCAGAAUAUGGACUGUAAGGUGUUUGAGUCUCCUUAUCCGAUGACCAUGGCCUUGUCAGUGCUGGUCACCAUCGAGAUGUGCAACGCUCUCAAUAGUGUAUCUGAGAACCAGUCCCUGUUGCGUAUGCCACCCUGGGAGAAUGUGUGGCUGCUGGGAGCAAUCUGUCUUUCCAUGUCCCUACACUUCCUCAUCCUCUACGUGGAGCCUCUUCCGAUAAUCUUCCAGAUCACCCCUCUGAAUCUGACCCAGUGGCUGGUGGUGCUCAAGAUCUCGCUGCCGGUCAUCUUACUGGACGAGGUGCUCAAAUUUGCGGCCAGGAACUACCUGGAGCCGGGUAAAGAGCUGGAGAAGGCCGCCAGCUCUGAAGGCUGCUGCCUGGCUGCAUGCAUGGAGGGCAUCUCCUGGCCCUUCGUGGCCCUCUCCCUCCCGCUGCUCCUCUGGAUCUACAGCACCGACACUAACAUGGCCGACAUGUUGUGGUCCUGACUGACUUGAUUGAGCACAACCUCGACUUUUCCAUCACAGCCAUCACUCCCUUGCCCCUCCUUCGCUUCCCCACCCCUCUUCAUCCCUCUCUGCCACCCUCCACAUGCGUAGCUUGUGUGUGUUGUAUAGUUUGUGUGUGUGUGCGCGUGCGUGCGUGCGUGCGCGCGCUAUGAGAAACUGUAACACAUUAAGUGUACCAAUACUCUAAAUUCACUUUGAGAAGUCACCUGUUUUAAGUUGGCCUAAGGCUUUAGCUGACCACUCGUAUAGACGCUGACUAGAUUAGGCAGUUGCCAUUUUUCAUUUUCUUUUAAAAUUAAUCUCAAUUAAUGCCUUUUUAAACGUUCAGUUUUGUGUGUCCAGUGUCACUACAGUACAUAUUAUUUAGCGUACCUUCCCCUCUUUGUGGGGAAAAAGAAAUGUUAGGGACUCUUGUGGAUCUGUACGGAGAUUGAAUACUAUUUUAUGCAAAAAAAUUUCUUUUUUAUGGUUUUCGAAAUUUGUUGGACCAGCGUGGCUUAGAUGUACCGCCUUGAUUUUUCUUUUCAAAUGUUUACCAUUGUGUCUUCAGUGUAAACUUUUUUUCAGAGGACAAGCGAUGUGUGGCAGACAAUGGGGAAAGGUUUGGGAGUGAAUGUUGGAAUGCUCCAAUUAGACGAUAGGGGGGAACAAAAUAAUAUUUCAGGGGAAAAACCUAAACCGCAUCCCCAGUGACCAAGCAUGAACUGUAUGUAGUUGCUAAUUUUCUUAUUUAAAUGUGUGCCCCUUCAACCCCAAAUGUAAAACCAGAAAUUAAUUUCUUGGAUUAUUUUCUUUAUUGCCAUGAUUUGAAAUACGUCAUUUUUUUCUGCACUGGGAAGAUCACAGCUACCUCAAUGUGAUAAAAAUGUUUUGUUUUUUUUCUGUUAAUCUCUGGAUGCUUCCCCACAGUCUUGCUCAGCUGUAACAUCUGAGGUGUGCCAGCUGGGUUGCUUGUGCAGAAAGUGGAACAGUCUUUACUCUAACCAUUUUACCAAACGUUCUUUUGGGGUGUGUUGAGUUUUUUUUUGACAUCCUUAAACUUCAUUGGUGUUAUGCUUUAGAGACCAAGUCGUUCAAGAUUGUGUAUGCUACCGUCUUGAUGGUGUUUGAUUCAAAGGACAAUAGUAUUAAGAAAUAAUACAACUCAAAAUCAAAAUGAUUUCAAAUGAAUACCCCGACGUGUUUUUUUUUUUUUUUUUUUUUUUUUUUUUUAUUAUUAUACUUAAAGGAAAAUACACUCAUGAACCCUUUGAAUCAAAGUGUGUGUCAUUAUUUGAUUUGAGGAACAUUGCUUGUGUGUGCAAAGUAUUCCUGCGGUCCACUUGUGAAUGCUUGGCUUUUAGAUAUUGGUUUGACUUGUAAUAUUUACCAUACUUGCUGUGAACGUGUUUGUGUGGCCGUCCAGUUAACUGCAUUAAUUGUGUGGAAAAAGACAAAAGAUAAAAGCAUGGUAGUGGGGUAGAAGCCUGGAUGUGUUUUUGUACCACUUGACAACAUUGGUGUGCUUUUCUUCAUUCAAUGCCUUCCACUGGCUCCCCCUGUCAGAGUGAGUAUUUCUCAUUUUCUCUCACACUUUACGAAAUCAGUCGAAGUUGACGGAAUAACUCAAGAUAAAAAUAUGCAACACAUCGUUUUAUUUCGGAAUUUGCUCAGCACUUCUUCAAAAUGGGUGCUAAAUGUGAAUUGUAUUGGGAAUUUACAUCUAUGUUGCCCACAUGCUUACAUUGUGAAUGUCACCUGUGUGCCACCCAUUUCCACUCACCCCAACCAUUGCUUUCUUUAUCCAUAAAAACAUGAAAAUCUUAUUAAAGUAGCAGUGAUCUGACAUUGUUUCUUUCCCUAGGUUGGCUCUCCUAAAAAAUCUUGUUUCGGAGGACGGAGCCUUCAAUUCAUUCUGCACUCCAUGACUACUAUGUAUGUAUGUAUGCAUGCAUGCACAUAAACUGAACAAAAAUAUAAAUGCCACACUGCAGUUUUUGCCCCCACUUUCAUGAGCUGAACUUAAGACUUUUGAUGUAUAAGGUUUAUUUCUCUCUCAUAUUGUUCACAAAUCUGUACAAAUAUGUUAGUGGGCACUUCUCUACCGCGGUAAUACAUUCAUCUCACAGGUUUGGCAUCAAGAUGCUGAUGAGACAGCAUGAAUAUUGCACGGGUGUGUGCCCUAUGCUGCCCACAAUAAAAGGCCACUCUAAAAUCUGCAGUUGUAUGGUAUGAAAGGUUUGCUGCUUUGUCUUAAUUUAUAUUUCAUUUAGUGUGGGAUUUCUGACCAGCUCCUUGGACCCACUAUACAGUGAACCUGCACAUUUUAGUGGCCUUUUAUUGAGGGCAGCCUAAGGCAUACCUGUGGAAUAAUCUAAUCUGUCUCUUGAUAACCCAACCUGUGAGGCAGAGAAAUUAUCUCGGCAAAGCACAAGCGGUCACAAAUAUAGAUUUAGACCUAUUUUGUGAUUCAAGGAGUUUAAUAGUUUUCGUACGAAUAACCAUUUAAACAUGAUAUGGCAGAAAAUUUGAUACCCAAGAUCCCACGGUAGCUCAUCACUAUUUGAGAUGGAGACCUUUUGUGUUUAGACAGAGUUUUGGAUCUUUUGAUUUCAGCUCGUGAAAAAUGCGAGCAAAACGCAAAGUGUUAGGGAUUAUAAUUUUGUUCAGUAUGUGUGUACGCGUGGUAUUGGUGCACAGAGGAACUUAUUUACACCAGAAAGAGAAUACAUGAUGCGUAUGCUAUUUAUUUUACACAAACGUCUGUCCAUCUUCCAUUAUAGUGUGCAGGGAAGUUCAUGUUCCUCCCUUCUUGCAUGAGGUUUCUUCCUUCUCUCCUUUCAUGGUAGUUUUGACUUGUAGGGACUCCUUAACAUUAGAUGCUGUGGUCUUAGCUUGCAUUUUGUGUACAAACAUCAUGCAUGCUUUGCAGCUGUAUUUAGGCUUUACAGUUUGUAAUUAAAGAUUUCACUGUAUAAAUACUCUUACAUUAAGAUGGUUCUAUAGUAGACUUUUUGAAAAUCAGUUUUUAUUGUAAUGUUUGCACAAUUAGACAAAUGACUCAUUACAAUGAAGUUGACUGCGCUACUUGAGUUUUUAUUUACUGUAGGCCAAUCCAUUUUCUGUCGAGUGUUUUAGUCAUUCUUUAAGGACAUCCCUGCAAUAUAACAGUGUUCUCCUGUUUUAUUUUUACUGCCUGUCUAGGUCUUUAUGAUCCUGUGUUUGGCAACUGCUGUAAAACUGUGAUCUAAUAAGAGGCAUACUGUACCUUACAAAGGAACCUAGAUUUAAAAAUGUAUAUUAAUCAUCUGUAAAAAUAUGAAUAUCAUUCAAUUCUGAUAAUGAUUGUAGAUGCAUUACAGAGGUUGUGUUUUCAGGUAAAUAAAGAUCAUAUUUGAA